AAGCAAUUCAUGUGAUAAAAUCAUCAUUGGUUAUUAACAAUCAACUUAGUUGUUAAAAUAUGUUGACCUCUUAACCAAUCAAUUUCCCCCAGUUCAAUAUAACCCCUUACUCUUCAUAUAAACUCACACAAACAAAAUAUCAACACUCUUGAAAACAGAGCCAUGGAACAUUCUCUCAUCAUCCUCCUCUUCACCGUCCUCCUCCUCCUCACCACCACUCCCGGAAUCCUAUCUCAGCCCUCUCCAGCCGUCGCUCCGGCCCCACCAGGACCCACAAACGUUACCAAAAUCCUAGAGAAAGCUGGUCAAUUCACCGUCUUCAUCCGACUCCUCAAAUCCACUGGAGUCGCUAACCAACUCUACGGCCAACUAAACAACUCCGACAAUGGAAUCACUAUAUUCGCACCGAGUGAUUCCUCGUUCACCGGUCUCAAAGCCGGGACCCUAAAUUCGUUAACCGAUGAGCAACAAGUAGAGCUUAUUCAGUUUCAUGUCAUACCAAGUUACGUCUCUUCCUCAAACUUCCAAACAAUAAGUAACCCUCUCCGGACUCAGGCCGGUGACUCCGCCGAUGGACAUUUUCCUCUCAACGUUACCACCAGUGGCAAUACCGUAAAUAUCACGUCCGGCGUAACCAACACCACCGUCUCCGGCAAUGUCUACAGCGAUGGACAGCUCGCUGUUUAUCAGGUCGAUAAGGUUUUGCUUCCACAACAAGUUUUCGAUCCUCGUCCUCCUGCUCCGGCUCCGGCUCCGUCUGUAUCGAAAUCAAAGAAGAAGAAGGAUGACAGUGAUAGUUCCAGUGAUGAUUCUCCGGCGGAUGCUUCGUUUGCUUUGCGUAAUGUUGGUUCUGUGUGUGAUGCGGUGUCGUUUUGCGUCAUGAGUGUAAUGCUCGCAUGGUUUUAUUUGUGAUGAAAAGCUUUUUUUUUUUUUGUGCUGAUAAAUUGUUAUUUUUUAUUACUCAUGAUUUUCUGCCAUGUGGGUGAUUUUGGGGAUAUAUUUGUGUCUUGGUUUUCAUACGAUUUUGUGUUAAUCAAUCCAUUUGUUUUUUAUAUUUUCGUUUAUUUUUAUUAAUACAAAUCAUAUUUUCCGUUUUCGUGCGAGUGAGAAUUGUGUUUUUGUUAAUAUCUCGUUUAUCUUUGCUUUUUCGGUUUUUCCUUUGAUCCUAUUUUCACAUUUCUUUCAACAAGAUCCAGUUGCUUAAAUAAUAAUGAUCGAUCGUAUAGGUUAGCGAAACAUAAAACUAUAUAUCAUCUAGAUAGAUAGCCGAAUUAAUUGCAUAAAAUGAAUGUGAUUUUUUAUUUGAAAAAUAAAUAAUUGGAUGCUAUUUCAUUAGAAACAGUGUGAUAUUUUAUAAAUGUCUUUUGCAAU